AUGGCUAGUGGAAAAGGAACCUAUCAACCGGAUUCGGAUGUGCACAUUUCUUUCGAAGAUCAGCAAAAAAUUAACAAGUUUGCUCGGUUAAAUGCAAAGGCUGACGAUAUUAAAGAUGAGUUAAAAAUAAAACAAAACGAUAUCAAGAAUUUAGAAGAAGCUGUAGAGGAAUUGGCACUAACAGAUGAUUCAGAGAAAAUUCCUUUCUUAGUUGGCGAAGUUUUUAUUUGUCAAAGUCUAGAAGAUACCUUGAAAUCAUUGGAUGACAUGAAAGCCAAGAAGCAAAGUGAAAUCAGAGACUUAGAAAUAAAGUGUGAGGAGCUUAAAUCUCAAAUGAGCGACCUUAAAGCUCAUUUGUAUGGAAAAUUUGGAAGUCACAUUAACUUAGAGAAUGAGGAAGAUUAA